AUGGUGGUGGGGGUGGUGACGGCAGCUGCGCUGGUGGUAAUGUUGGAGGCAAUAGUGGUGGUGGACAUUGUGGUGAUGGGGGUGGAGGAGGUGAUGGAGGCGGUGAUGGUAAUAGAGGUGGUAAUGGAGAUGAUGGUCGGGGUGGCAGUGAUGGUGGUGAUGGAGGAAGGGCUGUGCCGGGGCCAGGGGUCGAGGGGUUCUCCCCCGGGGUUCAGCCCCCGCGAGGGCGGUGCUGUCCGCACCCUCCGCCGCCCGUGUCCUGGGGACGGGGGCGGGGAGGGGGCUCUCCGGGGCCCAAGAAAAGCCUCGCCCAGGACCCCGACACCCCGACAUCCCGCGCUGCCGCUCCGGGCCCCCCGCUCCGGCCACCCUGACAACCCGCCGCUGCCGCUCCGGGCCCCCCACCCCCCGGGCCCCGGGCACCCUGACAACCCGCCGCAGCCCCCCCCUGGAGCCGGGCCCCCCGACACCUCGCCUCUGCCGCUGCCGCUGCCGCUGCCGCUGCCUCUGCGGGCGCCCGAGGUGCCCGGAGGCCCGUCCGGGUGGCCCGCCCGCCCUCCCGCCCCCGUCCCUCGAGCGCGCUGGGGCCCGGCAGCCGCCACUUACUUGCGGAGUCCGCAGCCCCGGCUCCGGAGUCCAGAGUGCGGCCACUGCCGGCCCGACGGCCCGCGCCCCGCGCCCCGCCCUCCGCACCCCCCCCCCCGCCCGCCCCCGGCGCAGAAACGGGCUCAGAGCCCCCUCCCCUGCGCUCAGCACCAGUCGGUCCGGCAGCUGUGCCAGCUAUGA